AUGGUGGCGACGGGUCAACACGCGGCUCACUCUGAUGAGUCAUUCGCUGUGGUCGANCUAAACCGGAUAGGAAAUGGUGGCGGUUAUCUCCUAAACCAAGGCUUUCCGUUGUUCCUCAGUGAAUUUGGUAUAGAUGAAAGAGGAGGAAACGCUAAUGAUGACCGCUAUAUUGAGUGUUUAACCGGUUGGGCUGCUGAAAAUGACCUCGAUUGGUCGCUUUGGGCUCUUACUGGAAGCUAUUACUUAAGACAAGGUGUGGUUGGGAUGAUUGAGUAUUAUGGUGUGUUGGAUUCGGAUUGGAUUAGUGUUCGGAACUCAAGUUUCUUGCAAAAAAUCUCUCUUCUUCAAUCUCCGCUUCAAGGACCGGGCCCUCGAACCGAUGCUUACAAUCUGGUUUUCCAUCCUUUAACCGGACUAUGCAUGGUACAAUCUCUCAUUGACAAGACAAUGCUUACUCUUGGACCGUGCAAUAGUUCCGAACCAUGGAGCUACACUAAAAAAGCACUAAGAAUCAAAGACCGGCCUUUGUGUUUACAGAGCAACGGACCAAAUAACCCGGUUACGAUGACUCUAACGAGCUGCUCUACAUCCAGUUCGAAAUGGCAGAACGUCUCAGCCUCUAGGAUGCACCUAUCUUCAGCAGCAAGUAACAAUACUUCUCUUUGCCUUGACGUAGAUGCAACCAACAAUAACGUGGUGGCUAAUGCUUGCAAGUGUCUCAGCAAAGACAGCUCGUGUGAGCCAAUGAGCCAGUGGUUUAAAAUCAUUAAAGCCACAAGGCCAUUGAAGGGAUCGAGUUUGCAUAAAGAGAUGUUGUAAAGCACUUUCCUUACUAUACCUAAUUAUAAAUUUAAUUUAGUGAAUAAAUAUUAUUUUUAAA